AUGAGAUACGGCCCGCUAACUCGCCCACGUCCACAUGCCAAUACGAACGAUGUUGUUUUUGGCCAGGAGAUAAGAGUCAAAGAUGGAGUGAUUGCCUGCAUUGGGAGCAAUCUGCCUUCUUCGCCCUCCACUACGGUCAUCGACGCCAAAGGCGGCUACAUUACGCCUGGGGGGGACAGUGACACCUGGGAGACAGGGACACGCAGUGCUGUCUGCGGCAGGACCACUACCGUGCUUGCGUUUGCGGUCCAACAGAAAGCUGACAAGAGUAUCGUCUCUCUCGUGAACGAUUAUUCCACCCGAGCCGGGGGUAACGCUGCCUGUGACUAUGGGUUUCACAUCAUUUUCGUCAAGCUUUAUAUGACUUACGAAGCUAUGAAGGUAGACGACCGCGGCAUUCUGGAUGUCCUGAUUGCAACUCGAAAGCUUGGGAUCACGACCAUGAUCCAUGCUGAAAACCAUGACAUGGUGUCACUGAUAACUGAGACGCUGGAGCGGGACGGGCAGACCGAUCCCUACUUCCACGCCGUUUCCCGGCCGAAAAUAGCUGAGGAUGAAGCUUCCUAUCGCGCCAUUGCGCUUUCAAAAUUGAUGGACGCCCCGAUUCUAUUAGUUCAUGUAUCGAGUGAGACAACUGCAUCCCACAUCCGCCACGCCCAGUCCCAGUUGCUCCCCGUGUACGGUGAGACCUGUCCCCAAUUCAAUGCCUCUGGCGGAAAACGCCUCGGCCUGGUUAAUGGCAUUCCGAAAUUCGGCAAGAUCCCAAAUGGUCUGCCAGGCCUAGAGACCCGUCAACGGCUGCUAUUUAAGGGCGUCCUGGAAGGUAAAAUCACCAUCCAGGACUUUGUCCGAGUCAGCUGCACAAAUCCUGACCAGCUCUACGGUCUUCCCAGUAAGGGCGUUAUUUUCCCCGGGAAGGACGCCGAUUUGUGCAUUUGGUACCCCAAGGGCGAAAUGCAGCCACUCCAACUCACGAAUGCUAUGCUGCACCAUAACAUAGACUAUAGUCCCUUCGAGGGCAUGACGUUUUAUAACUGGCCGCGCUAUACAAUCCUGCGAGGCAAGGUCGUUUGA